AAGGGUAUUCAAAGGCAGCAUGCCCUGGAUGUAGAUCGUUUGUACUGGGCAGGAGGAUUCACGUGUAGCAGGAUAAAACUUCUAAACUGGACUAAAAACCAACAAGGACCUGUUGAAGGAUUACUGUUGAAGUUUGUGUUUUGAAAUUAUUAAAUUUGAUGUAAACAUGUCAGACUUUUGGAUUAACUUAUCUCUUGAUGAAACUGCACAGAAAAAAGCUCCAGUAGGCAAGCUAAACAGGAAAAAAGAGUGGCUUCAUAGAAACAGACACCACUGUGGAGCAAAGGGGUACAAGGAAGGUAAACACAACAACCAAUAUAGGGAAGACUUCAGACAGAGCCAAACACUUCAGAAUGGCGCUUCCAUUGAAUGUCCACCGCCAUCCACUUCCACACAAAACAAAAGUUUACCAUGUCUGGCCAGUGCUUCACACAGUAGUUCCAUGCCUCCGUUUGGUGAAAAACCAAAGGAGCCCCUGAAAUCAGCAGCCAGCAGCCCUGGUUCCUCAGUAUCAAGCACCUGUAAGCCCAUCACCAUGUCAUCAGGGAACCCUUCUAAGUAUGUCGCUAUUGACUGUGAGAUGGUUGGCACGGGACCAAAGCGCCUCAGUGAGCUUGCACGCUGCAGUAUAGUCUCCUAUGAAGGAGAUGUGAUUUACGAUCAGUUUAUUCAGCCGUCUGCACAAGUCACAGACUAUCGCACUCGAUGGAGCGGCAUCCGACGCCGUGACCUCGUCAAUGCCAUGCCAUUCGCCCAGGCCAGGAUGGAGAUACUGUCGCUGAUUAAGGGUAAGGUGGUGGUUGGCCAUGCCAUCCACAAUGACUUCAAGGUGAUUGGUUACUGUCAUCCCCCCGAGCUGACCAGGGACACUUCUCGAAUUCCUCUCCUCAACCAGAUGGCCGGCAUUGAAGGGAAUAAGUGCACUUCACUGAAGACGCUCACGAAGGCCAUCUUCAACCGUGACAUUCAGACUGGGAACAAGGGCCACUCCUCUGUGGAGGAUGCUAGAGCCGCUAUGGAGCUUUACAAAGUGGUGGAACAUGAGUGGGAGAGGCAACUUGCUGCCAACUCAAUGGCCAGAGUGGAAAUUUCUUCAUUUUCUGAAAUGAUCACUUUAGUAAUAGUAACAUUACUUUUUUGUCACUUACUUACAUACAUAUAGGAUAGCAUCACAUAUGUUUCGUGCUUUGUUCCACACACACAGUUAAGCCAUUGUGAGUAAGUUGAAGACAAUCAGGCGGCGAUUAACAGAGAGUGAGACCCCUCUCUGACAUGCGCACAUUUUGUAUGGCAGCUAGACCACUUCUCUAACAUGCCAGUUCCUGACACCUAAGUGCAUUCGAUCCUCAUUACCCUAGUAAAUAUAGCAGCAACAGUUCUAAGUUCCUUUGACAUUUCUAUUAAAUUCUGACACAUUACCUGAAACCCUAAAAAUAGGAUUUGGGGGACAUUCCACUUCAUUAAGGAAUUUUAUUGGGCUUUGAAACAUGCUUUGAGGACCCAGAGAAUGAACUUCUUUCAGAGCUAAAUGUGAUUGAUAAAGCAGCACAAAGGAGUGUGUGUGAUGUUUGGUGAUGCAUGUGUAACUCCAUCCCUAACAAUACUGCUGAAAAUGGUUCUUUUACAGAAACAGUCACUAAAUUAGAAACAUUGCCUGAUGCAUUUAAUGAAGUUUGAGAAACAUGUCUCAGACCAAAUGGCUUCCUUAUCUUAACAACAGUUUCUCAUAAAUGAACAACUUAAUUUAACUAAAGUGAUAAAGCUGAACAACUAAUGCUAUUUCAUAUUUCCAUGUGUAAUCUGAUAUUUUUGGAAUUUUUGUAUCAUUACUGCUAUUUUGCAUACAAAUUUUAGACUAUAAGAACAAUUAUAAAUUACCAAAGGGUUGGAGACUCAGAUGAAGAAGAGAGGAUAGUGAGAGUGGGAUGAACAUUAAGUGUAAAAUUGUAUCUGAUACUGUAGAAUGAUGCACACUGUGAAACCUCUCUGAUUAUGCAAUGUUGUUGAUAUUGUAUGUAUGGUGUUAGACUAGAAAUUACCUUUGUAUGAUUUAGUGUGAUUAAUCAAAAGGUUGGAAAUGUAA